UAAGCGUGAAAGACAAAAACAUCGCGGGUAUCGAAAAACGUGACAAGUUGAGCAAGAUGCUUGUGGAACUCUUCGCCAAGAAGCAGUAAGUAUUGGAAAUCAAGCUCCAAUUUGUUUUUACCACAAGAAGGAUAAUAAAGACAAUGGCUGCAUUGAAAAAAGUGUCUGCUUUGACAAAAUUGAAAACUGCCAGCCAUUUGACAACUCAGAACAGACAUUGGUCUAAAAGGAAAAAUGAAUCAACAUCAACAUCUUCUGAUCCCAUUAUAUCAGUCAGUAUCCAACAUUGUCCCAAUGAUGAUGUAAUUCACAGUCAUGACAGUGGAUGUUGGGGGACGUGUGAUAUGCAGCUUGACACAAACAAAAUACUGAACACGUCUCUAAGGCCUGCUCAACCUGCAGUGUAUAACUUGCAUUCUUGUCAUGAAAACAUAGAAAAACAAUCACAGACUGCUAAAGCAGAAUGGAAGUGGAGUGGGAGCCACCAAGAUGGUGUUUUACAUAGCAAGUUCCUCGCUGCAUCGCCCCCAGUUUUUGGGAUGUGUCCCAGGGCUUUUUCUACUCUGUGUCUCUGUAAACAGUGGCCAAGUUUUGGUUGCGCUCAGCAGAACAGUGUGUUGUCUCAGCAAGUCAGGUCAGUGACUCUCCUGCACCAGGAGAAGACUGUUACUCCAUCAGAGAUGAAGAAAUUCUUGAGUGAUAAUGAGAUUAAUGUAGAGCAAGGUCAUACUUGCCUGAAAAUAACAUGUCCUCGAGUCACCAAAGAAAAAGUCUCACAAAAAGAACAGCUGUUCAUCAACUUGAGAACUGGAUAUUUUGUAUGCCUUAACUGUAAAAAAUGUGGCUCAUGGGAUCUUCUGCAAGACAAUAUUGCUGUGCACCGUUCAGACAUAGACCAAAAACGAAAGAGACAGGCAUGUGUUGGUGAAGAUUCGAUGAAUGAGAAAGAUAGAAUGCUUUUGUUAAAGACGUGGGAAGCAACAGAAGCAAUACAUGAGGAUUCUGACAUUGAUGACAUUCUUUUGGAAUUUGAUAUAAAGGAAUUGAAUAAAGCUAUCUUAAAGCAAUUUUCUGUGAGGGUGGACCAUACUGGAAACAGACUUAUAUUACCANUCAUGUCUUGUACUAAGCUACUGGUGUUUGUUUGGAAUAAACACUGUCACAGCAAAAUCAACUGA